CGAAACAGACGACAAACAACCCACCAGGAGGAAAGAAAAACACAACACCGGUUUGGAUAUGAGGUCAUUUCAAGAAAGAAAGUCGCCAUGCUGGGAAAUAAAAGACGUAGGAAACCUCUGCAGGAUGCUGAGCAUCACAUUACCUGUAAAACUGACAAGCCUGGGCUUCGAGAGCAGUUCAUCAGCAAAUGUAAAGGGCGUGGAGUUUUCACCACUGGAGCUUUUUUCAGAGGUGAUUUUGUUCUUGAAUACAGAGGUGAACUUCUGAGUUCACAGGAGAGUCUGGACCGAACUGGACACUACACUGAAGCUGAGAACACGUUCCUGUUUGAUUUUCAGUGGCAUGGCAAAAAUUGGUGCAUGGAUGCAUCUAAAGAAGACUCGUCUUUGGGAAGACUUGCAAACGAUGAGACCAGAAAUCCUACUUGCAAAAUGAGAACUGUUGAAGUGAGCAGAAAACCUCACCUGUGUCUGUUUGCUGUACGAGACAUUCUACCAGGAGAGGAAAUCACUUACAAUUAUGGAGACUCAGAUUGGCCAUGGCGAGUCAAGACUUUGAAUAAAGCAUCAGCAGAAUCCACUGAUAAAAAGCCAGCCAGCAGUUUGCGCCUGCAUAAAUCCCCCCAUUGUGCAGCUUCUGUUUCCUCUCCUGAACUGGACAAGGUAAACAGCAAUGGUCCUCAUAAGCAGUCAGGCAAAUCAAGAACAUCAAGGAAUAAAACGGCGGCCAGUCUCUUUUUUUCUGUAGCCACUCCAAAGUCCAAGUCACCCACGUCACCUUCAACCUCGCCUGUGCAGCCCUCAUCAUCCUCGCCUGCCUACAGAGGAGGAGAGCGCAUCAACAAAGCUGCUUGCGAAUGUGGCUUAAAGAACCCUGAAGCACUGUCAUCAACUAGGCUUAGGAAACACAUAGCAACCAUGUCUAAAAUUCUUAACCUUAAUGAGAAUGAAGCAGACCAACUGGCUGAUUUCCUUGGUCACGAUAUCCGAAUCCACAGACAGUAUUAUCGGUUACCAGAGGGAACACUGCAGCUGGCAAAAAUGAGUAAAGUCCUAAUGGCCAUGGAGAAAGGAACACUGUCUGACUACAAAGGAAAGAAACUUGAUGACAUUGAAAUCGACCCAAAUGAGCAACUUGAGGCCCAAGGUGAUUCCAUGUCAAGUGAUGAGGAGGAUUCCAGUGACCUAUCUCAGACACCAGCACCAGCACCAGUACAGACUGAUCAACCUGUUCAAUCUGAACAAGCUGUUUCACAGGAGGAUCAAGGUUCUUCAAAUGCUCCAAAAAAGAAAUGGGAGGACAGUGAGGUAAAAGCAGUAGAGAGACACAUGAUGAGUUUCAUCAAGACAUGCAAAGUUCCUGGUAAGCAAGACUGUGAAAGAUGCAUUCACGCAGAGCCAGAAGCUUUGAAGCAGCGAACAUGGACUGGUGUGAAAAAUUAUGUGCGGAACAGGAUCACGACUCUUAAAAGAAAGGGUGGUUUGUAGGAAGGCACAAACACUUCAGCACUUUGCACAUUAUGCUCUUUUUGUAGGAAAUGGAGCUAAAUUAAAAGAAAUGAGGAUAAAGGUGUAGAAAUAUUUUGUGGAUGGAAUGAAACAGAAUAUAAAGUGAAGAGUUAGAGUAUAAGAAGGUUAAUGAAGAAGUAGAGGAUAGUAAGAGUCAAUUUUCUUUGUUCAGUUACAAUAUAGUUGGAUGAAAUGUCAUGUUAAACUUUUUGAUAUUUCUGUCAUAGAGGGAGGGGAGAAUGUAAAGAUGAUAAAAAAGGGAAGAGUGAAUAGCUGUGCUGGACAUGGGCUAUGGCUGGAUGUAACCGAUUGGUGAGAGUUGCUGUGUGCAGACGAGAGAAGCUGAAAACUGAGAUGUGAUGUCAGACACUUUCUGCUUCCCGUAGUGAUGCAGAGCCAGAAGCUUUGAAGCAGGGAACAUGGACUGGUGUGAAAAAUUAUGUGCGGAACAGGAUCACGACUCCUAAAAGAAAGGGUGGUUUGUAGGGAGGCACAAACACUUCAACACUUUGCACAUUAUGCUCUUUUUGUAAGAAAUGGAGCUAAAUUAAAAGAAAUUAAGAUAAAGGUGUAGACAUUAAAAUUAAGAGACGCUCGCGCUGUUUGCAUACUUUACCACAGCUGAAGUAGAAAAAAUUCAUUAUUUUCCAAAUACACAGAUAUUUCGGAGACAUUUUCAUUCAAUACAUGCACUGCUUGAUACAGUGUCUGUUUGUACAAGAAUAAAGUUCAACAUAAGCCUAAAUACAAACGUAAAGAGG